UGGUUAUUUAACACACUGACAUCGACACUGAUGCCUCUUUAUCACCUACAAAAGCAAACAAGACCAUCAAUAUCAAGAAUGAUUAUUUCUAAAGAGUCAUUGACUCUGACUGCAAUCAUCAAUAUUCAAACAGAAGAUGUCAUGACUGAAUUGAUGUGUGGAUGAGGCUGCUGAAUCGAACCAUAAACUUCAACAGUCCCUCAGCUGACUGGUGUCCAUGCAGGUGUCGCUGCUCUUCUUCAGCAGCCUUUCCUCUGCAAUUCGACACCAUAAACAGACGAUGCCCAAGCCUGGCCAAUGAAGACCCGGGACACGGCACAUCAGACACCGAACACGAAGCUACACCAAGCAGUGAUCAUGGGAACACCUCAAGCUCAGAGUCUGGACAUGCUGAUGCUGAACACGGGGACGCUCACGAUUCGGAGCCCAUCACUACUCUUCCUAUUGUCAGCUGGAAGUGGCACCAUGUGUCCACACCGUACAUCGUGACCCUCUGGAUCCUGGUCAGCUGGCUCUGCAAAAUCAUCAUCGAAGCCAACCACCAUGUGACCAGCGUGAUCCCAGAGAGCGCGCUGCUCAUCUGCUUCGGCUUCAUUCUGGGCGGGAUUAUUUGGGGUGCAGACAAAGUGCAGACCUUCACGCUGACCCCGACCGUCUUCUUCUUUUACCUGCUACCUCAAAUCAUCCUGGAUGCGGGUUACUCCAUGCCUAACAAGCUCUUCUUCAGCAACAUGGGGGCCAUCCUGGUCUACGCCGUCAUCGGGACCUGCUGGAACGCCGCAAGCUUGGGGCUGUCGCUGUGGGGGUGUCACAUGGGAGGGGCCAUGGGUGACCUGGACAUCGGGCUGCUCCAGUAUCUUCUCUUCGGCAGUCUGAUCGCCGCCGUGGACCCGGUGGCCGUCAUCGCUGUGUUUGAGCAGGUCCACGUCAAUGAGGUCCUCUUCAUCUUGGUGUUUGGAGAGUCGCUGCUGAACGACGGCGUCACAGUGGUGCUGUUCAAUGUAUUCGAUGCAUUUGUGUCACUCGGAGGAUCCAAAAUUGACGCUGUGGAGAUCAUUAAAGGAAUAAUUUCCUUCUUUGUGGUGGCGUUUGGUGGCUCCCUCGUGGGCUUUAUUUUUGGCCUGCUGAUCUCUCUUGUGACCAGAUGCACUAAAAACGUUCAGAUCAUCGAGGCGGGCUUCGUCUUCGUCCUGGGAUACCUCUCGUACCUGACCGCUGAGAUGCUCUCCCUGUCUGCCAUCCUCUCGAUCGUCUUCUGUGGCAUGUGCUGCCAGAAGUACAUCAACGCAAACAUGGACGAGCGAUCAGUCACCACGGUCAGGUUUCUCAUGAAGCUUUUAGCCAAUGGGUCAGAAACCAUCAUCUUUGUGUUCCUCGGGAUCUCAGCCAUUGAUAAGGCGAUCUGGGUGUGGAACACUGGCUUCAUCCUCCUCACGCUCCUCUUCAUCAUCGUGUACAGAUUCAUCGGGGUCUUCUUCCUCACCUGGAUUCUCAACAAGUUCAGGCUGGUCCCAAUUGAGCUCAUAGAUCAGGUGAUUAUGAGCUACGGUGGCCUGCGAGGUGCCGUCGCAUACGGCCUGGCGACCAUGUUGGAUGAGAACAAGAUAAAAGAGAAGAAUCUGAUGGUCUGCACGACUCUCAUCGUAGUGUACUUCACCGUCAUUCUUCAGGGAAUAACGAUGAAACCUUUGGUCCAAUGGCUCAAAGUGAAGAGAGCUGCUGUGGCCGAGCUCACACUCGUAGAGAAAGUGCAGAACAAGGUGUUCGAUCACAUGCUUGUUGCAAUAGAAGACAUAUCCGGACAGAUUGGGCACAACUACAUGAGGGACAAGUGGAAUCACUUCGAGGAGAACUGGAUGUCGAGGGUUUUGAUGAAGCCGUCAGUGAGGAAGAACCGGGACCACGUCUUCAAAGUCUUCCAUAAGCUGAACCUCAAAGAUGCUAUGAGCUACGUGGAAGAGGGUGAGCGUAGAGGCUCUCUGGAGUUCAUCCGCAAUGAAACCGCGAUCAUCGAUUUCAAGAAGAAGUUUGGAGAUGAAUACUCAGAGAUCAUACCCGACAUCCCGUCUGACACGUCUGACGAUCACGGAGGAAUGUCCGCCAUGAGAAGAGACCCCGUGCCGUCAGUGAGCCUGGAGAUGCACGAGCAGAACAUGAACGGUAUGAGGGAAUCAGAGGACAUCAACACACACCACCUGCUGCAGCAGCAUCUGUACAAGGGCAGGAAACAGCAUCGGCACAGGUACAGCCGAACUCACUUCGAUGUCAACAAAGACGAGAACGAGGUGCAGGAGAUCUUCCAGAGGACCAUGAGGAGCCGCUUGGAGUCUUUCAAGUCUGCAAAGAUGGGUGUUGCUCCACCAAAGACUAUAAGCAAGCACACAAAGAAAGACCAGCAGCAAAAGAUGCCAAACGGGAAAUCAAUGGACAAAAGUAAAAGCUACCAUUCUGGUGAUGAAGACUUUGAGUUCUCAGAGGGAGACAGCGCCUCGGGAUACGACCCAUCAGGCCAUUCGUUCCCCAGGAGGGUCUCCUACAGAGCAGGAGCUGGCAUCGAGAAUCCAGCCUUCAUGCCGGACCUGGACCCCUUGUCGGCAGUGCAGAUCCCCCCGUGGCUGGCAGAGGCGGAGCUGGACAGCGGCACGGUGGCUCCCUCGCAGCGAGCUCAGGUGAGGCUGCCGUGGACGCCCAGCAACCUGAGCCGCCUCGCUCCCCUCCGUAUCAGCACCCGCUCCAACGACUCCUUCAUGGAGGCCGACGCCUCCGCCGCACAGCAGAGGGACAACGAGCUGCCUCCACCUCCCCAUCCGCCUCCCCCACCACCUCACAGAGACGGAGGUCACAUGUGAGGUCUAGGUCUGCACUCUACCCAUCAAUGACCUUUACAGUGUGCACAGUGGCAUCUCAUUCACCAGCACGUUCGACAUUGUCACAUUUUCUCCUGUUUUAACAUAAACUAGUCAAACUGUGCAAAUCACUCCCUCUGGAGUCUCCUAUUACCCCUGAAUGUGACACGCAAACCUUCUCCAGACCUUUGACAUUUAUAAACUUCUGUGUUUUUUUAAAGAUAAUUUAUGUAGCGUUAGAGUAGAUAAAUAAUUCCACCUUUAUUAUCUGAAUAGAACAAUGUAUGUGUUUUCUUGUUUGUCUCAGAUCAGAGUCUAUUGUUGAGUUUGAACUUUUAAAUAAGAGCAUUGUAAAAAUGUCACAUGUAUGAUACAGUUAUAUUAUAUUUAUUCAAAAAUAAGUUUGGGUGUUGUUUGGAUUCUUCAAUCUCCUGAAAUCUUUUCGUCAUUAAAGUUUUUAUUAACUUUUCAAUGCAUGACAAAUAGGAUAAUGUACAGAAAGGACAUCCAUCUCUCUGUCAGAGUCCAAAAGCAGUCCCAAGAGGUGAUAAAGUUCCCACCUCUGUUCAUGUGUUGUAUGAUCCUCUAGCUUCCUUUACAUAUUUUCUGCAGUCUGACAAAAUGUUCAGCCACCUAUCCCAUGUAACCUUCAACUGAAAUCUGACAUUUUGAGUAACUUUUUUUAAAAUAAAUUCACUUCAACA